AUGAAGCUACUACUGUUCACCUUGUUCGCAGUCGCAGUAUCCGUCGUUCGAGGACACGAGACGCUAGAGGACAUCAAGGAUGAAGUGAUCAUGACCUUGCAGGAAUCACCUGAGACGAAGAAAUCACUCGAAGAGAGAAUCAAGGAAGAGCCGAAAAUCGAUUUCGUCCAAGUUAAGCCGAUUGGAGACGACAUAAACGAAAUCAACGAGAACUGGCAAAUUGAUUCAAAGUUGUUCCAGGGCGACUUGGCCCUAACACCAGAUGAAGAAGAAGGCCUCGUCAAGGAUGUCGAGCAGGAAGUUGCAGAAAUGAUGAUGAGCACUACUGAAGCAGCACAUUGA